ACAUCUUAAAAUUAGCUCAUUCUGUUGUGUGAGUUCAAACUGCCUGACUCGGCAACAGAGGGAACAUAUCAUCAGAAUUCCCCCUUUGGCAAUACCUGCUGAUUGGGUCCUAAAAAAGCAAGCAGCUUUUAACUUUUAAUAUUUGGCUCCCGAGUUCUGCCACGAGUAGUCGCGAAAGAUAGAUUCUCCCUCAGAAGAUUUCCCCCAUUUUUUGGAGGGUAGAAAUAAAAAAUCCAUCAGUGAGGUUUUUUUUAAUCUUCAGUUAAAAUCUCAGUGCGUGUGUGAGCGCGCAUGUAGCCUAGGCUUUCUGCUGGAGAAGUUUAAGCGAAACUUUAAGGAUGAUAUACCUUGGAUGUUUCCUGUUGCUCUGUGGGCUUACGCAUGUCAUGGCAAGUUAUCCCAUCUGGUGGUCACUAGCAGUGGGCCACCAGUACUCGUCACUGGGCACUCAACCCAUCCUCUGUGGCAGCAUCCCCGGUCUGGUGCCCAAGCAGCUACGCUUCUGCCGGAACUACGUGGAAAUCAUGCCCAGUGUAGCCGAGGGGGUCAAGAUUGGCAUUCAAGAGUGCCAGCAUCAGUUCAGAGGCCGACGCUGGAACUGCACCACGGUCAAUGACAAUCUGGCCAUUUUUGGGCCAGUGUUAGACAAAGCAACUCGAGAGUCAGCAUUUGUUCAUGCUAUUGCCUCGGCUGGAGUGGCGUUUGCAGUGACCCGUGCCUGCGCUGAGGGUUCAGCCACCAUCUGCGGAUGUGACACCCGCCACAAGGGCCCCCCUGGUGAGGGAUGGAAGUGGGGUGGCUGCAGUGAAGAUGUGGAGUUUGGGAGCAUGGUGUCCCGGGAGUUUGCUGAUGCAAGGGAGAAUCGCCCUGAUGCACGCUCAGCUAUGAACCGCCAUAACAAUGAGGCAGGAAGAAUGUCCCUCAACGACAACAUGUUCCUGAAGUGUAAGUGCCAUGGUCUGUCGGGCAGCUGCGAGGUCAAGACGUGUUGGUGGUCUCAGCCUGACUUCCGAGUUAUUGGCGACUACAUGAAGGAUAAGUAUGACAGCGCAUCAGAGAUGGUGGUUGAGAAACAUAAGGAGUCCCGCGGAUGGGUGGAGACCCUGAGACCCAAGUACAACUACUUCAAACCCCCCACAGAGCGCGACCUGGUUUACUACGAAAGCUCACCCAAUUUCUGUGACCCCAAUCCCGAGACGGGCUCCUUUGGUACCCGCGAUCGCAUCUGUAACCUGACGUCCCACGGUAUAGACGGGUGUGACCUCCUCUGCUGCGGCAGAGGUCACAACACCAGGACUGAGAAGAGAAAGGAGAAGUGUCACUGUAUUUUCCACUGGUGCUGCUACGUCAGCUGUCAGGAGUGUGUAAGAGUCUAUGAUGUGCACACUUGCAAAUAAGGACGCCUGGUUCUUGCCUUUUCUCACCAAAAUUUAAAGACUUCAGUGGGCAGAAGAACAAAUACAGCAACUUAUCUACAAGACAUGAGAGACUGUAAAGCUGUCUGACCUGUUCGCAGACUCCAGGGCAGACGCAGCAGCCUUGUGUUUUGCGCUGUGAUGCUAAAAAGAGCCAGAUCUGCCUUGAUCAACUGAAAUGAUUAGAUGUUGACAUCACAAUGCAUCAUCGAUAUGACCAGCAAUGAUGGUGAUGAUGACAACAAUGUUGAUAUCUCUAGCAAUGACGAAAGAGUUUUCAUGAACUGACGUAGGAAAGGAGAACUGUCGGCUAAUUGACAAACACCAUAUUGGUGAUUUUUUUUUCCCAUGUUCCAAGUAGUUAUUUUUGUUGAGAAUAGUACAGCACUGCCAAUGCUUUCAAGACUACGGGGCAAACAAUGAAAGUUUUACAUUUUCUUUUAAUCACAAUUUGUUUUUGCCACAAAAAGUGAGCAAUGUACAUCAUGAGACACUCAACAGCAUGUAUUCUCCUCAACAUUAUAAGUAUGUAUGUGUACAUCUGAAAACUAACAUUAUCGUUGUGUGAAUGAGGUUUAUUAUAGUGUUAAUAUGUUACUGAGGUUUGGGUAAGAAUGCACUUGCACCUGAGUGAAUGUAGUUAUUAUGCUGCAAUGUGUUUACAUAUUCUCACAUUCUUAAGCUAACGAGUUAAUAUCUAAAUGACUAACUUUAUCUCGAGAGUAGACGUGAGCCACAUCAACUAAACAUCGGCAAAACAAGAAUACACACAGUUGCACAUUUCCUGAAACACCAACCUGGUAUCUCUCCCAACUUGUCAGAUACGGAAGCUUAGUCAGUGGCCCUCAGAGGCACCCUUUAGCAGUGGUAUGAGGCACGUGGAGCAGCGGUAUUUUUCGACACUCUGAGCGGCUGCCAUAGUAUAAAGAGCAAUUAGGUUAACUUCAAACUUCAGCUGAGAGGCCGUUGUUCAGGUCUUGUUUGAAGCCAAAAGUCAAUCCAGUUGUUUUAAAAACAACGUAGUGUGCUAAAUUGUGCUGCAUGCUCUGCUAAUAUGUCAUGAGACGUUGCACUACGUAAAUGUAGUUCAGUCAGGAACACUUUAGUCAAAGAAAGCUUAAUUUCCAUUUGCAGUAUUAUAUUUGGAUAUAAUACCUUUUAUAACUGCCUUUCCUAGGGCCUGUGGAAAGCACAAGGCAAAGAGAGCACACCUCUCUGCCCUUCCACACGCCUGCGUGGAAAGCCCUAAGGGGGCGAU